AUGGCGUCCUCUUCACGCUCAGCUUACCGCUUCCUCUCCACUUCCGCGGUCAGGGCUGAGGUGCCCGGAACAAAUUACAGCCCCCCAAGAGGGAUGAAGAGCAACAUCCAGCCUUUUAUCCGAAACAUCAUCGGUCGGGAGGACCUUGCAAAGGCGGCAGCUGGCCAGGCUGCUUUGAACGCUAUCGCCGCCGAGUCUGCACCAGUCGAGAUAGAAGGCAGAAAGCGGAUAGACCAGCAUCGAUUCCUCUCCCCUGACCAAAUGACCCGAACCUCCCUCUACGCUCCCGACCCACCUCGGACCCGCGCCCCCCUCCUCGGUCCGCGUAAUCGCGAAGCGCGGAAAAUAGACCCCUUCCAUAUCACCCGCACAUCCCCACUCGACCACGUCUACAAUCCGCUCAUGGGCCAGGCGUUUGUGAAUCAGAUGGGGUGGAUCAAGUCGAGGGCAGAGACGGGACUGACGUGGAAGAGUCAGAGGGCGGUAGGGAAGCUGGCUAGGAGGCAGAGGGCGAUGGGGAUCAUUGGGCAAUGGACAAGCCGGCCGACAGCGGGUGGGCUCGGGAGUGAGCGGACGUCGAGAUAUGAUUAG